GGGAGCUGUCAGGGUGGCGCGGGGCGGCCGGUGGCGGCGCGGCUCUUCCGGCGGGGUCGCUGAGGUAAGGCGGCUCCCCGCCGUUCUCCUCUUCCUUCCCUUUCCCCCUUCGGCGAGCAGCGGGAGCCGAACCCUCCCUUCUCUCCCCGCAGACGGGCCCGCGUGCCGCUGCCUUCCCUACCGGCUCGCCGAGGAGGGCCGGGCCGGCGGCGCGUCCGCCCGAGGGCGAACGGCAGGUUGCGGGGGAGAGCGGCCAGCCCGCUGGGCGCUGUGCGGCAGCACACCUGUGGCGGCCGGCCCUUCCCGCCGCGCCCCGCGGGCUGCCCGGCGGCGCUGAGCGGGCCCCGCGGUGCGGAGCGCCGGCGCCCGGCCGUGCUCUGCCUGAGGGGCGGGCCGACACCGUGCCCGGGGGCAGCCAUCCCGCCCGGGGGGACGUCUUCCUCCCCGGGCCCUAGCGCGGGGCUGUCCCGCUUUGACCUUGAGCACGUCAGGGCUGCGGGCCGCCGUUGGGUCCCGCUGGCCGCAGCGUGUGAUGUUCGGAAGGGUGUGCGGGCAAUGCCGUAUGUCAGCCGUUUGUGCAGCACGGGGUUAAACUCCAUCUGUUGAUGCUGGAGUGGCCUUAAAUCUUGUGGUGGUUAAAUUUCAUCUGGUAAUGCCUUGUAUCUCGUGAUGCCCACUUGAUAAACCUACAACGCCUUCCGUGCUGAACAUUUUUACUAAUACCUGUUAUAAUAAUCAGAGAGGCCUAAGCAGUUUGGCUCUAUAUAUCCUAAAAUCUGCUGGAGAUGAGCAGUGCUUCUGGUGAGCUUGCUUUGGGAGAGUCCUUGCAUUCUCAUUGCUGAGUAAUUAGCAUUCCUGUGCCUUCUUCCCAUAUGCAGUAGUGUUAUGAGACCCAUAGGUCUCAGAUAACUGCACAGUGUCUUACCUGAGUUCUGCCUACAGGACUGGCAACGGAUGGAAGACCGUUAAGCCAUAACGUCCUAAAUGUGUGUAGGUAACCAGGGCUCUGUGUAAGAUUGAGCACUGUAAUUUGUCAUUUUGUUGCCAGGCCUCCGUCUGUAUCUGUUCUAAAUGCCUAUGUAUCUAAAUGUUUACAUGGGCUAACUGUCAAACGUGCUUUUCUUUUAAAUAUGGAUAAAUUUCCAUAAAACAGGCUGAAAUACAGUAAUAUCCUUCCUCAUGUCUAAUGAUAGUGUGAUGUCUGAACACUGUGGUUAUCCAAAACGUACAGUCACCUUUAAUAUAACGUGGAUGAAUGUGAUAAGGGUGAAUGCCAGUUUAGAAAAAGGCAAAAUGUCAGCAGUGUAAUGCCUGGUUUUCUUCUAACUGAAAUGAGAAUAGGCACUUCUGGAAUCCAAGUAGCCUGUAAAUAAGAAAUGGGUGAAGAGAGCUGCAUUUCUUACUGACUUAGUGAAUGUCAUAUUUUCCCAACCUAUUGUUGACACUUGUGACAGCAGGUAUUUAAACAGCAUCUUGCACAAACAAGUUAGCAUACAUCUUCCAGUAGGGCUGUGGCUGUGCAUUUUAGUGCAUGGUUAUGUUCAUAGGGGAGGUUAUAUUUUUUUUGGCAGUGCUUUUCUUGUGCACAAAUACCAGCAUAGUACACUGAUCACUGGAAACACUCAUCACAUACACUGCAAGCUAAACUGGUAAGAAUGCAGUCUGUCUGGUGUAGGUGGACUUCAAUUGUAUUCAUCUGCCAUUAUUACUCACUUAAAUAAGGGGAGGGGGAAUGAUUCUCUUAGUUCAUCACUGGCUUAGUUGUCUUGACCAGUUUUACUGCUUCCCACCUUUUUUUUUAGAGUUUUCUCACUUAUCUGGGGAGGAUUGCUUGGGUGAGACUGACUGAAAAUAUGUAUCGCUGUUCUACCUUUGUUGUUGCUUUUAAAAAAUAAAAUAUUUUGAAAACAGUUGAGAAAAAAUAGGAAGUAGAACAGAGACAGAACUUAAAGACAAUAAGAGUUAGCACCUGCUUAAGUAUAGAAUGGAAAAUGCAGAACUUUGUACAGUAGAAUUUAUUUGUAUGCAUUUAGAUUGUCUUUCAGAUUAAUAAUCAUGUUGUCUUGACUCGUAGCUGAGAAUAUCUUAAGCUAUAAAUAAUAAAAAUAGAAACAGGUUUCUUCUCCUUUUCCCCAAGUCUUAGAGAGAAACAGUGCAGGGCCAACCAUUUGUCCCCAGUAUCUGAAAAAAAGAAUACAACACUAAAGCUACUCAGGAGAUGAUUUUGCUAGUCAAUGCAACACUGUUUUUAUCAUUUCAUUUUAAUUUGCUGUAUUCUAUGGUAUGUGCUCCCUCACUAGAGAGAGCUCAGAGUAUCUGUGUAGUUGAGCAUGCAUAACUGGGGACAUUGAUGGAUUUUUCCAUUAGUAACAUUUUCUGUAAUCAGGAGGAGCAUUAGAAACUUGUACUUGAACAUAACCAUUUAAAAAAAAAAGGUAAACCUAAGGAAUGGUGUUUUAUCUAAUUUGAUUUGUAGUAUCUUUAUAAAUCAGAGAGAAUUUAAUCAUUUAUGUCCUUUCUGCUUUACUUCUGACAACAAGAAGGUGAACAAGUUCUGGUCCAACAGAGUUGUUUCCAGAGCAGUCAUAAGAUGACUGUACUUUACAAAGCUCUGUGUAAUCCAGCUCCAAAACACGUUUGAUCAGACACACGGCGAAAUACAGCCACGAUCUAGGUUAUGUGUGGGUAUACAUAUGGCUUGUACUGUUACUUCAGAAUUUAAAUGAGCAUCAAAAGAUAGAAAUUGGUUGGAAUAAGAAAUAAGUGAAUUAUCGUAAGAUUUCAAAGUAUAUAAAAAAAAUGGAAGUUGGACAGAGUAUUACCCAAACAUGACACUGGUAAGACUCAGGAUGGAGAGCUACCAAGAAACAUGUGAACACUGAAAAGAAAUAUCAGGGUUGUUUGGAGACAGAAUGCCAAAUUCACCUGAAGCUGUGUAUUAGUACAGCAGGUAUGGAUGAAUAAGAUGUUUGUUUAAUUCUUCAAUUUUAAAGGUAUUGUGAGCAAAGAAUAAAGAAGAAUAAAUGAAUAAAUUAUCAGGCUUUUUUUUUUUUAAGUUGGUAGAUUUUGCUUUAAAUUCAGUACUGGAAUACUGAAGGUGUCACAGUGUGAACUUAGUGUUACACUGAAAGCAAGGCUCCUCUUUGAGAAGGAGAAUACCAUCUUCUCACUGUAAGACACUGAGACAAUGCCUUGUCAUUGACAGUGAAACUCAUGUGGUCCUUCCUUGUUUUCCAGGCUGAAAUGCAUCUAUGAAUUGGCAAACUCUUCUUUAAAGCAAAUGCAGAACAAAUUUGGGUUUAAAUGGGUUUGACUUGUUACUGCUGCUGUGGUGUUUUUUGUUUAUAUUGUUUUUAAACUUCCUUACUGCAUUAAUAGGAUUUACUAGUUAGCUGACAGUAAAACAUAAGCAAGAGAAAGAGUACCUCAAGCGAAGUCUUCAGUCAGUAAAUGGUUGGCAGAGGUCAGAAAAGCUAGCUAGCUAAAAAGUCUUUCCAAUUAAGGGUAUAAUGGUUACUCGAAGCAAUGAAGCUAAAACAUAAAAGCGAAAAUUAAUUGCAAUUCAUUUUAGAAACCCUUUCUUGUUCCUGUGUUCAGAUACCUGGAGAGAAGGUGACUCUUUCAAAUGAUGUACCUACCAUUUGCUGCACAGUAGGGUGGGCAGGAGCCAAGUGAGUGCAUGGGAGCUGGGCAAUGGCACCAUGUAGCAGGGAGAGCAUGGAGCUCGCUGUGGGCAGAGGCAGCGAUGGUGCACAGCAGGGGUGUAAGUGCAUGCACAGGCAGCACAAGCACUCACUUCCCUGCUGUUUUCUCCAGCCUUCUGAAUUUGUGUGGUUACCAUGGAUCUAGCGAUGUCAGAUAAAUACUUUCCAUAUUCUGUUCAAAGUAACACAGACAACCUACUUUCCAUUAUGCAGACUUGUAAUCUGUUUAUGAAGGCUGGGAAAUUGCUAACUGUGACGUCAAUUUGAUUGUGGACAACUAAAAAAGGCUGCACUAAUACAGAGUGGUAAGCCAAACUGUGUCAACCUGGUAGCAACUGGUUCUUCUGCAGGGGAUAAGUGAUAGGCUACAUCCGUUACACUUCUGAGGUAGUAUUUAAUGUUUCCCCCUUGUCUUGACAUUGUCACAGUGACUGGUUUGCUCUGGGUGGUUACUUUUCAUGUUUAAAUCAAUCAGUAAAAUCUUAAAUGUUAUAUCUUGCCCUUAGAAUUACUGAAAUGUCAGCAGAGGGAUUUAAAUGAAGACAAUCUCUACUAUAGAAGACAAUCAAAAAUGCCUUUACUUAUAUUGCUUACUCUUUUUAAACAGAUGUUUGGCUUUUAGAAUUUGAAUUCAUUGUAAAGAUGACAGCUCUGUAAGCUGAGGUGAAAUGAAAUUUAAGGAGGAAAACUGCAAAAACAGUAGAGGUCAAAUUCUGAGUACUUUUGUCUUCUUUCCUGCAAAUGCGUAUCUGAAUAAGAGAGAAAUGCUGACCAGUUCUAGAUCUAAAGUUGAGAUCUUAAUUUGUGUUCUUAAAUAUGGAAUGGAGAAGCUGAUUACUGAGAAGGCUUGCUGGAUGUUCCUUAAGAAUUCUUGAGCUUGUUACUCAUUACUCUUGAUGAACUCAUAGCUGGUAUAUGUCAGACUCUAGAAUAGCAUAGAAGAGCAAAGCAGGAAGAACAUCUUGCAUAUCUUAUCUAUUCCCAUCAGAAUUCUCAUUUGUAAACUGAGAAUCUUUUGUUCUUUCUUCUGUGACUUCCCAUAUAUCCAAAAGAAGAAAAAGGGUACUUAAUGUGUUUCUAUAGGCAGGUGUUUGUUUUUUUUUUUUUUUUUAAUGUAAUGAUAAGCUUGUUUCAUAGAUUCUGAAGCCAGCAGGGAGCACAUCCAUUUAGUUGUUUAAUCUAGUCUUUGUAUUACAGGCUGUGUUGAUUCUCAUUCAAACAAGAAUUAAAUGAGAAAGUCUCUCAGAAAAACAUUUUAUGUUGAUUUAGAAGUUGUCAAUAUGGGUAAUGACAUUAAAAGGAAUAUGAACACCUGAGUUGGCAUCAUUUUUUUUUCCUGUGGAAAGUGAGCUCCUACCUGUGAGUUUUUAUUUGAUAGUGUACUGAGAAGUUACUUAUCACAAUAAGUUUCACAGAGUUCUCUGCAUUUCUGCAGGAUAACAGUGAGGUUUGGGCUACUUCAAUGUACAGCGAACAUAUAGUUGAUAGUCAUACCUCAUCUUUUACAUCUUUCAUUACUGGAUUUAAUAGCAACUGGCUGAAAUAAGCUCAAGCUGCUCUUCAGAAGGCAUUAAAAUGUGUUUUUGACACAUUUUGAAUGUAAGAGGAUUCUAAUUUUAGAAACAGAUUAAUUAGUUAUAAUUGGAAAGUCUUUAUGUUUAUUGGUAGAAGAAAAUAUAUAUUUCCCAUGCAUGAUUCUUGUAUUCAGACACUAGCUUGGAAUUUACAGUAGUUUGCUGUUGAUGCUUUUAAACACUUCUGAGGAAAAGAGAAGUGUAAUGAAUUGCCAAAUGACAGGGUUUCUGUUCUGUGUAUUCAAAUCUGUUCGUAUUAAGGGUUAAAAUUGUUUCUGCAGUUAUCAGCUUGGUAUGUGGGCACUGUACACAGCUUCAAAUCAAACAGCAGUACUGUGAAAUAAUGGAAUUUCUUAUCUGCUUUUUGAUUAUCUACUAGGUUUUUUCUUUUGCUGUACGUCCCAUAGCUUGAAUUACCAAAUAACUUCAGAAAUAGACCUUGAAUAGACACUGAACUGCUAGAACUCUGAAUUCAAAGUAAGCAGGAUUGUUAGCUAAGGUCUGUGCUGUACUAGGGACAAAUCUUGGGGAAAGAGAAAUAACAUAAGCAUGUUUGCACUCCACAGUGAUCAGCCCUAGGCCUGCACUAGCAAGUUACCUGUUCUGUACUGCAGGUGGGUGGAAAGCAGAUAAACCUACGAGUUCUGUGAAGCUUGGAAAAAAAUAAAGUGAGAAUGGAACAGCAGCAAAUCAAACCUGGAGAGGAGCUUUGGGGUUGCUGGAGCGUUUAUGAGCUGCUGGAGUGAUUAUGAGUAGUUGGAAAGUAUUGCAAUCUUGUGAUAAAGUUAAGACCUACUUAUACUGAAUGUGUUAAAGAAACUAUACAUCUGAAUUUAGUUUCUUUAGCUUCAGCCAAAGCCAUUUAGAGCCUCAUAAAUGCUCCAAUAGUUUGCCUUGACGCAACGCAGAAGGCUCUCAAGCAUGUAAGUUUGGGGAGGACAAUCAUUUGCUGUGAAAAAUACAAUUGUAGAAGUAGCAUCCUAACAUGACACAAAGGAAAGACAGUACUGCCUCAGUGAUGAAGGGAACUGCAGGCUUACAUAACCCUCAGCAAAAGGAGAUCCACAGGCCAGGUAACUGCUUGCUUUGACAAAGACAUUCUGUAAGAGUACAGGUAUCUAAAUGUAUCCAGAGUUGUGUGGUGUCCUUGUCAUUUUGUUGUCUUUUGAUUCCCUUGAAGUUUAAGUAGAAGGUAGUAAGCAUCAAGACCUGCUUCUGUGAUUUGAACAUGGUAUUAUCAAAUAGCUUGAAAGUAGAUAGCAUUUCUUAGAUAGCGUAAACAUUCAUCAUGAGUAAUAAGUGUUAUUCUCAUACACUUCUGUUUCCUUCACCUCAUCUGUAAAGAGGAGGCAUAGUCAUCUAACUAGUCUGUGGUUGUCCAUGUCCUGACAGACUCUUCAAGAGAUCAGGUCUUCAAAAUGGUUAAGUUGAUUGAUAUUGUAUGAAUAAAUGAAAAUAUAAACUACAAGACCAGGAUAAUUUCAUUAGUAUCAGCUGGUAAUGAUUGUACAUGAAUUACAAGCUGGUCUCUAGUGGGGACACUGUGGGAGGAUGAACACAGAGGAGCUGGAGCUACUGACAGAUUCCAAGUACAGAAACUAUGUAGCAGCAGUUGACAAGGCACUGAAGAACUUUGAAUAUUCCAGUGAAUGGGCGGAUUUAAUAUCAGCACUUGGAAAGCUGAACAAGGUACUACAGAACAAUGCAAAGUACCAGGUAGUUCCUAAAAAGCUGACUAUAGGAAAGCGCUUAGCACAAUGCCUUCAUCCAGCUUUGCCAGGUGGAGUUCAUCGGAAGGCUCUUGAAACGUAUGAAAUCAUCUUCAAAAUCAUUGGGCCCAAACGUUUGGCCAAAGAUCUUUUCCUCUACAGUUCUGGGCUGUUUCCACUCCUUGCCAAUGCCGCUAUGUCUGUCAAACCAACGUUACUGAGCCUGUAUGAGAUUUACUACCUCCCUUUGGGGAAAACAUUGAAACCAGGACUGCAAGGACUGUUAACGGGUAUUCUGCCUGGUUUAGAGGAGGGGUCCGAAUAUUAUGAAAGAACAAACACGCUAUUGGAGAAGGUUGCCUCAGCAGUGGAUCAGUCGGCAUUCUAUAGUGCUCUCUGGGGUAGUCUUCUCACAAGCCCUGCAGUUCGCUUGCCUGGAAUCACUUAUGUUCUCUCCCAUUUGAAUAGGAAGCUUUCCAUGGAAGAUCAACUCUACAUAAUUGGCAGUGAUAUUGAAUUAAUGGUGGAAGCAGUAAGCACAUCGGUGCAAGAUACCAGUGUUUUAGUACAGCGGAGCACACUGGACCUUAUCCUUUUUUGUUUUCCUUUCCAUAUGAGCCAGGCAACGCGUCCCGACAUGAUCAGAAUUUUGUCAGCAGCCCUUCACGUAGUACUGCGCAGGGAUAUGUCACUCAACCGAAGGCUUUAUGCAUGGCUUCUGGGUUUUGAUAACAAUGGUGCCCUUGUAGGACCCAGAAGUACAAGGCACAGCAAUCCCGAGGAGCAUGCUACUUACUAUUUCAACACCUUCUCCAAGGAAAUGUUAGUCCAGGCCAUGACUGGAAUAUUACAAGUGAAUGGACACGGAGAAGAAAGCACGUUAAUGCAAGACUUAAAGCCUUUUCGAAUUCUUAUCAGUUUGCUGGAUAAGCCUGAACUAGGCCCUGCCAUCCUAGAGGAUGUGUUGAUUGAAGUAUUUCGUACAUUGUAUACACAGUGCAAAACAGAGCUGGAGCUGCAGGCAGAGCCUUCUUUCAACAAAGAUCACACGCAGCUAAGCAGCAAACUGAGGGAAAACAAGAAAACAGCAGAAUUGAUCAAGACUGCCAAUCUUCUAUUCAAUUCCUUUGAGCCUUAUUAUAUGUGGGAUUACAUUGCUCGUUGGUUUGAAGAGUGUUGUAGGAGGACAUUACAUGCCAGACUUCAAACUGGGCCUGCAGGUGGUAAUGAACAAUCUGAGUUACCCCUGACAAAUUUCUGCUUGUUAGUGGAUUUUUUGUUGGAUAUAGUUUCUUUGCCUACUAGAAGCAUGAGAGUGCUGUGUCAGGAGACUUACAUUGAAAUACAGACAGAACACUUGCCUCAGCUGUUGCUCAGAAUGAUUUCUGCAUUGACGAGCCAUCUUCACACUUUGCACUUGUCUGAGCUUACUGAUUCUCUCAGACUCUGCUCAAAGAUCCUUAGUAAGGUUCAACCUCCACUGCUCUCUGCAGGUGUGGAUGGUACACUGCAGCUUCCUAGUGGACACAGCAGCUCCAUCAAAGAAUGGGAAAAUAAAAAGGUGCCAUCAGUUUCUCUUGAGAAUCCUAAUGAUGUGUUUGAAGAUGGUGAAAAUCCUCCAAGCAGCCGAUCAUCAGAAAGUGGAUUCACAGAGUUUGUACAAUACCAGGCAGAUACUACUGAUGACAUUGACAGAGCACUAAAUGAAGGUCACGGUGCAUCUGGCAUUGCUAUUAUAGGUAGCACAUCCUCAGAGACUGAGACAGCAUCAACUGUGGGAUCUGAGGAAACGGUUGUCCAGCCUCCUUCCAUAGUAACACAGGGAACAGCAACUCGAAGUGGGAAAACGAUACAGAAGACCGCAAUGCAGUGUUGUCUGGAGUAUGUCCAACAGUUUCUAACCAGAUUUAUCAACCUGUAUAUCAUCCAGAGCAAUUCCUUUUCUCAGCCCUUAGGGACAGAGCUUCCGGUAGACCCUGCUAGAGAGCAAGGACAGACCACAAAAUGGGAUAGAGAACCACAAGGAGAUGCUAAGGUGAAAAAAAUGAACAAGAAAAAUUCACCAAAAGAAUACCUUCCUGCCUUUAUUGCUGCUUGCCAGCUUUAUCUUGAAUGUUCAAGCUUUCCCGUUUACAUUGCUGAAGGAAACCGGACUUCAGAAUUACAUCCUGGCAAGCCUGAAGUUGACUGUGAACAAGUGCAGCCCCCACUGUGGCUUCAGACUUUAAUGAAUGCUUGCAAGCAAGCAAGUGAUUUCAGCGUUCAAGGCGUAACUAUUUCCCUUGUGAUGGACUUGGUUGGAUUGACUCAAUCUGUUGCGCUCGUCACUGGAGAAAAUUUGAACAACGUGGAAACAGCUCAGCCUCUUAGUCCUAACCAGGGAAGAGUGGCUGUGGUCAUCAGACCUCCUCUUACACAAGGCAAUCUGAGAUACAUGGCUGAAAAGACAGAUUUCUUUAAGCAUAUAGCUUUAACUCUCUGGGACCAGUUGGGUGAUGGAACUCCUCAGCAUCAUCAGAAGAGUGUGGAGCUCUUCUACCAGCUGCACAACCUUGUUCCAUCUUCUAGCAUUUGUGAAGAUGUUAUUAGUCAGCAGCUGACUCAUAGAGACAAGAAAGUAAGAAUGGAAGCUCACGCAAAGUUUGCAGUGCUAUGGCAUCUCACUCGUGACCUACAUAUUAACAAGUCAUCUUCCUUUGGCCGUACCUUUGACAGAUCUCUGUUUAUCAUGCUGGACAGCCUUAACAGCUUAGAUGGUUCUACUUGGUCAGUGGGUCAGGCUUGGUUAAAUCAAGUACUUCAAAGACAUGAUAUUGCAAGGGUCCUUGAGCCUUUGCUCCUACUGCUUCUUCAUCCAAAAACUCAACGAGUUUCUGUUCAACGAGUACAGGCUGAGUGUUACUGGACUAAGUCUCCCUAUCACCCCGAAGAAGAAAAUGUAAAACACUUUAUGCAGAAGUUUAGCUGUGCUGACGCAUUUACUCAUGUGCCUGUAAGCCAAGGACAACUUAUCAUACCUAAAGAAGGCAAUGAAAAACAACUUGCUAUGGAUGAAAUGGAGAACUUCAGCCUGACUGUCAACCCUCUAAGUGACAGACUUUCCUUGUUAAGUACCAGCAGUGAGACCAUUCCAAUGGUUGUGUCUGAUUUUGACCUUCCUGACAAUCAGGUUGAAAUACUGCAGAGUUCUGACUCAGGCUGCUCUCAGUCAUCUACUGGAGACAAUAUCAGUUACGAGGUGGAAACAGAAAGCCUGAGUGCUCAAGAUAGCUCUCAGACUCUCAGAGAAGAUUCACCCGAUGAAAUUGUGCAGCAAGUGGUUACUGAUCUUAUAUGCAAAGUUGUAAGCAGUCUUGGAGAGGAGAAUGAACCAGUUAAAUACAGUCUGCACUCUGAGGAUACUUCAUGUAAAUUCAGUCCUUUGGAUAAUCCUGAAGAGGUGACUAAAAGUGAUGAACAAAAUAUUCAAAGUAGCCAAAGUAGUUUGCUUAGUAAUGACAGCUCCCAAUUAUUAUCGGCAUCAACUGAGACUGGACUUGAGAGCUUAAGAGAUGAAAUUUCAAGAAAUAACUCUUCACCCUGUAUUACAGCAAGCCAGCAAUCCCUGUCUGAUCUUGCUCUUACUUCCACAGAAUCCAAGUCCAGAAAGCGAAGCCACAGUAGUAUUCAGUUCAGCUUCAAAGGAAAACUACCAGAAAAAAUGUCAGAGAAGGAAACAAUUGUUAAAGAGGCUGGUAAGCAACCAGGUGCAAAACCGAAGGUAAAAAUAGCCAAAAAGAAAGAUGAGGAGAAGAAGAAAGCACAAACGGAAAAGCUUAAACAAACAAAUGUGUUCUUCAGCGAUGGUCUUGACUUAGAAAACUGGUACAGUUGUGGGGAAGGGGAAAUUUCAGAAAUUGAAAGUGAUGUGGGUUCCCCAGGAAUGCGAAAAUCUCCCAGCUUUAAUAUCCAUCCGCUGUAUCAACACGUGCUGCUUUAUCUUCAGCUGUAUGACUCUUCAAGAACUUUGUAUGCUUUUUCUGCAAUUAAAGCAAUUCUGAAAACAAAUCCUUCAGCCUUUGUAAGUGCUAUCUCCACUACCAGUGUCAACAAUGCAUACACUCCUCAACUGUCACUGCUCCAGAAUCUUCUAGCCAGGCAUCGCAUAUCUGUUAUGGGCAAGGAUUUCUACAGUCACAUCCCGGUUGAUUCUAACCAUAACUUCCGGAGUUCUAUGUACAUAGAAAUUCUUAUCUCCUUGUGUUUAUAUUAUAUGCGGAGCCACUACCCUACUCAUGUUAAAGUGACCUCACAAGAUCUAAUAGGAAACCGUAAUAUGCAGAUGAUGAGUAUAGAAAUUUUGACGCUUCUCUUUGCUGAAUUGGCAAAAGUUAUAGAAAGCUCUGCAAAGGGCUUUCCUAGUUUCAUUUCGGACAUGUUAUCCAAGUGCAAGGUUCAGAAAGUGAUCCUGCAUUGUCUGCUCUCCUCUAUCUUUAGCGCGCAGAAAUGGCACAGUGAAAAGAUGGCUGGAAAAAACAUAGUGGCUGUAGAAGAAGGUUUUUCUGAAGACAGCCUUAUAAACUUUUCUGAAGACGAAUUUGACAAUGGCAGUACUCUACAGUCACAGCUUCUAAAAGUACUUCAGCGGCUGAUUGUGCUGGAACAUAAAGUAAUGACUGUGCCUGAGGAAAAUGAAACAGGCUUUGACUUUGUCAUAACAGACUUGGAGCACAUUGGUCCCCAGCAGCCAAUGACUUCUCUUCAGUAUUUACAUUCCCAGCCAAUAACCUGCCAAGGCAUGUUUCUCUGUGCAGUGAUAAGAGCUUUACAUCAACACUGUGCCUGUAAAAUGCAUCCUCAGUGGAUUGGCCUUAUCACUUCCACUUUGCCUUACAUGGGAAAAGUUCUUCAGAGGGUGGUUGUUUCUGUGACUCUUCAGCUCUGCAGGAACUUGGAUAAUUUAAUUCAACAGUAUAAAUAUGAAACGGGAUUAUCUGAUAAUAGACCUAUUUGGAUGGCAUCAGUCACUCCUCCAGAUAUGGUUCUUACCUUACUGGAAGGGAUUACAACGAUAAUUCAUUACUGCCUCCUAGAUCCAUCGACACAGUAUCAUCAGCUUUUGGUUAAUGUAGAUCAGAAGCACUUGAUUGAAGCACGCAAUGGGAUUCUGUCUAUCCUGCAUAUGAUCAUGUCUUCUGUGACGUUGCUGUGGAACAUUCUUCACCUAGCAGACUCCUCAGAGAAAACUGCUGCUGCUGCUGCUGCAUCCGUUACCACUAUUAAUCUUGGGUCCACAAAGAAUUUGAGGCAACAGAUUCUUGAGCUCUUGGGUCCAAUUUCAAUGAAUCAUGGUGUUCACUUCAUGGCUGCCAUUGCAUUUGUAUGGAAUGAACGGAGACAAAAUAAAAACGCUUCCAGAACAAAGGUUAUACCUACAGCAGGUGAAGAGCAGCUUCUGCUGGUUGAGCUAGUUCGAUCUAUCAGUGUUAUGAGAACUGAGACUGUUAUACAAACAGUGAAAGAAGUUUUGAAGCAGCCUCCUGCCAUAGCAAAAGACAAGAAACAUCUUUCACUGGAAGUCUGCAUGUUGCAGUUUUUCUAUGCUUAUACUCAGAGGAUUCCAGUGACAAGCUUAGUGGAUAGCUGGGCAGCACUGCUACUUCUGUUAAAGGAUUCCAUCCAGGUUGGUCUUCCAGCUCCAGGGCAGUUCCUCAUACUUGGUGUUCUUAAUGAGUUUAUUAUGAAAAAUCCAAGCCUGGAGAAUAAGAAAGACCAAAGAGAUCUUCAGGAUGUAACACACAAGAUAGUGGAUGCUAUUGGGGCCAUUGCUGGUUCUUCAUUGGAACAGACUACUUGGCUAAGACGAAACUUAGAGGUCAAGGCUUCCCCCAAGAUUAUGGUUGAUGGAAACAACUUAGAGUCAGAUGUUGAAGAUAUGUUGUCUCCAGCAAUGGAAACUUCAAGCAUAACUCCAUCAGUUUAUAGUGUCCAUGCAUUGACCCUACUUUCUGAGGUUUUGGCUCAUCUCUUGGAUAUGGUUUUCUACAGUGAUGAAAAGGAGAGGGUUAUUCCUUUGCUUGUAAAUAUCAUGCACUAUGUUGUUCCCUACCUCCGUAAUCACAGUGCUCACAAUGCAUCCAGCUAUCGAGCCUGUGUUCAGUUAUUAAGCAGUCUUAGUGGGUAUCAGUAUACAAGGAGAGCAUGGAAAAAGGAAGCAUUUGAUCUCUUCAUGGAUUCCAGUUUCUUCCAGAUGGAUGCUUCAUGUGUUAACCACUGGAGAGCUAUUAUGGAUAAUUUGAUGACACACGACAAAACCACAUUCAGAGAUUUGAUGACACGAGUGGCUGUGGCUCAGAGCAGUUCUCUCAAUCUGUUUGCUAAUAGAGAAGCAGAGCUGGAACAGCGUGCCAUGCUCCUGAAGAGAUUGGCUUUUGCAAUCUUUAGUAGUGAGAUAGACCAAUACCAGAAAUACCUUCCAGAUAUACAAGAAAGGCUGGUAGAAAGUCUUCGUUUGCCACAGGUGCCCACCCUUCAUUCCCAAGUGUUCCUGUUUUUCAGAGUAUUGCUUUUAAGAAUGUCUCCUCAGCACCUUACUUCUCUUUGGCCUACAAUGAUCACUGAACUGGUGCAAGUGUUUCUACUGAUGGAACAGGAGCUCACUGCAGACGAAGACAUUUCCAGGACUUCUGGCCCAUCUGUUGCUGGUCUGGAGACAACAUACACAGGGGGCAAUGGUUUCUCUACGUCCUACAAUAGCCAGAGAUGGCUGAAUCUAUACUUGUCUGCUUGCAAAUUUCUGGAUUUAGCUCUAGCUUUACCAUCUGAAAAUCUUCCUCAAUUUCAGAUGUAUCGCUGGGCUUUUAUUCCAGAGGCAUCAGAUGAUUCAGGCCUGGAGGUACGAAGACAGGGAACGCAUCAGAGGGAAUUCAAACCUUAUGUGGUGCGCCUAGCAAAACUGCUGCGAAAAAAAGCAAAGGACAAACAGGAGGACUUUAAAACGAUGGUUUUGGAGGGAUUGGAGAUGGCCAAGCAUCAGAAAAACCCAGAAGAGGACAGCUCAGGGAAAACACUAAGUUGGGAACCAGGUCACCUGCUUCUAACCAUCUACACCGUUCGCAGCAUUGAGCAGCUUUUGCCUUUCUUUAACGUACUCAGCCAAGUUUUUAACAGCAAAGUCACAAGCAGAUGCGCUGGACACUCAGGGAGCCCUGUCCUUUACCCCAACUGCUUUCCAAGUAAGGACAUAAAAAUGGAGAACCUCAAGACAUUCUCCAGCAAAGCGAGGCAAAAGAUAGAAGAAAUGGUUGAGAAGGAUUUUCUGGAAGGUGUCAUAAAAACGUGAACCAAACCGGUACUGUUCCGCUUAUGUGUAAUGUACGUAUUCAAAUGAAAUACUGUAUCUUUCCCAGGUGUAUAUUAUUCUUUUCUUACUUUGUAUGUAAUGAAAUAAUUAAUGUUGUAUUUAAGUUACAUAUUUGUAAAUAAGAGUUCUGGAUGUGGCCUGAAUCAAGUGUAAUUAUUGGCGGCUCAUAUUGAUUAUGGUGCCUACUACUUACAGUACACUUUCUGUUGUCUUGAGUUCUGUCUUCAAAAAAGAAAAAAAAAACACCCCAAAAAAUACAAAGUGCACAUUUUUUUCAA